UGAAUGGAGAAAGGUGGAACACUAAAAUAUCCAGUGAGUGAGAGCCAUGGAGAUGGCAACCUGCAGCUUCCACAGCUCCUCCUCCUCCAUCCUGAACCCUAGAAGCACUAGCAUUUCCUCUUCUCUUACAUUCGCCAAGCAACUCUACGCCUUCACCUUACCUUCUUCCUCAACCGCCAAAAUCACCACAUUCUCCGCUCCCCGAAACCCUUCUCCACUCACCCGCCAGUCAAAUGCUCCGUCUCCGAAGCCACUGAAGCCGCCGCCACCGCCACCGCAGCAGAUCGCCGCUGUGGAGGUGCCAGAAGAACAUAUGGGCUCUGUUGUUGAGCUUACUGGCAACAGGCUGGAAGGCACAACCUUCUUCAAACAACGAGAAUACACACUUCUCUUCAAUGACUGGCUUCUGCUCCUCCAACUCUCAAUUGGGUCCAAAAUCCUCAUUCUGGGUCAGGCAAUUCAUGCAUUUUUACUCAAAUGUGGCUGCCAGAAUGACACAUUUCAGGGCAACAAUCUUGUCAACUUGUACUCGAAAUUCAAAAGACUGGAUGAUGCACAUCACCUUUUCGAUGAAAUGCCUGUUAGAAACACAAUCACUUGGACUUCUCUCAUGAAGGGGUAUUCUGACAUUGGUGACCUUGAAUCUGUCUUCCACGUUGCACAUGAUAUGUUUUGCAGCGAUGAGAAGUUUAAUGAGCAUACGUGCUCGGUGAUUUUGGAGGCGUGUAGUUCACUUGAAGACAGGAGAAGUGGGGAACAGGUUCAUGGUUUUGUUGUAAAAAGUGGGCUUCAGGAGAAUGUUGUUGUGGCCACUUCUUUGGUUUGUAUGUACUCUAAAAGUGGCUUCUUGGGUGAUGCAGAGAAAGUGUUCAAUGACAUGGAUUACAAAGAUGUUCAGUGUUUAAAUUAUAUGAUUUUAGAAUACGGGAAGGCGGGCUGUGGAGAGAAAGCAAUUGGGGUCUUUGUAUAUCUUCUGAGUUCUGGCUUAGAGCCAAAUGAUUAUACUUUUACCAAUCUGAUUAGUGCAUGCGAUGGAGAUGUGGGUGUGGAUGAAUGCUUGCAAUUACAUGGGCUUGCUGUCAAGUAUGGUAUUGUGGGUGAAACUUCUGUUGGAAAUGCAGUAAUAACCAUGUACGGAAAGCACGGGAUGGUUGAAGAAGCUGAGGCAAUGUUUUAUUUACUGGAUGAGAGAAACUUAAUUUCUUGGACCGCGCUUUUGUCAAUGUAUGUAAAAAAUGGAUGUAGGGAUAUGGCCCUCGAUGCUUUCUUAAAAAUACUCGAUCGAGGUAUUUGUGUUGAUUCUAGCUGUUUAUCUACCGUGAUUGAUGCCUGUUCAGAGUGCAGAAAUCUGGAAUUGGGAUGUCAGAUCCAUGCAUUUUGCAUAAAGCUUGAUUUUUACUCUUGUGUCAACGUUGGGACUGCGUUGAUUGACAUAUACGCUAAAUGCGGGAGCCUUCAAUCUGCAAGACAGGUUUUUGAUGGCCUUUCAGGUAAAAACACCGCUUCAUUUAAUGCAGUACUUGUUGGAUUCAUGGAACAACGUAGAGAUGUUGAAGAGGAUUCCAUGGUCUUAUUUAGUCGGUUGAGGUCGUCUGGUGUAAAUCCAGAUUUCAUAACAUAUUCACGACUCCUUAGUGUAGCAGCUGAAGAAGCUUGCUUAGAAAGGGGGAAGAGUCUCCAUGCUUGCACUAUUAAAGCUGGAUUUGAAGCCAAUUCCACUGUAUCUAAUGCUGUAAUUACCAUGUAUGCCAAAUGUGGUAGCAUUGAAGAAGCUUAUCAAAUGUUCAAUGGUAUGAAUAGUCGUGAUUGCAUAUCGUGGAACGCCAUAAUUUCUGCACAUGCCCUUCAUGGAGAAGGCAACAAAGCACUUUCACUUUUUGAAUCAAUGAAGGGAGAUGGGUUUGCCCCUGAUGAGCUCACGCUAUUGGCUACUCUUCAAGCUUGCAGUUACAAUGGACUAUGGGAAACUGGGUUACGCUUAUUCAACGAAAUGGAGCCAAAAUAUGGAACUAAGUCAGGAAUUGAGCACUUUGCAUGCAUGGUGGAUCUUCUGGGUCGGUCUGGGAAUUUUUCAGAAGCCAUCAAUUUCAUCCACAGAAGUCCAUUUCCAGAUUCACCUAUGCUUUGGAGAACUUUAGUGAAUGUGUGCAUGAUAAGUGGGAAUUUGAAUUAUGGCAUGUUAGCCUCAAAACAUUUGCUUGACUUGCAACCUGAGGAUGCUGGGUCUUACAUACUUGUUUCAAAUAUGUAUGCUCGAGGAGGUAUGUUUGAUGAGGCUGCAAAGAUUCGAACCAUUAUGAAUGACUUGAAAAUGAACAAAGAAGCAGGAUGCAGCUGGAUUGACGUUGGUAAUAAAUUUCAUUAUUUUGUUGCAAGUGAUAUGGGCCAUCCACAAAGUGCUGAAAUUUAUGCAGAACUCAAAUCUAUUGAAGGUUUUAAUAAACAAAUGAGUGAUGAUAGAUGCGAUCUCCAUCUGAUUUGAGAUCUGAUAUCUGCGUCGAAACAAUCAGCGUCGUCUUCCUUUGAGAUUUGCUGCAAGUACAAUUUGUACAAUUCAUUGCACAUGUAGCCCAUGGAACUUGAUCACUUCUCUUACAUGGAGAUGUCAAUCGAGAUGAAGAGUAUCAGUCAAGGAGCUUUUGUUUCAGUAAGUGGUCCUCUUUUUUCUUGAAACUUGUUUUCUGUUUUACAACUUUAGAGUUAGAUUAGUAAGAGAAGACAAGCUGACAUAUGGAUAUAUCAUUCACUUGAUUGUAAAAGUUUAACACUGUGAUGGAAUUAUGUAAAUAAACACACAAGUUUGUCUUACGGUUGGACGGAACUCCUAUUUUUUCCUGUAAAUGCCACCUGAAUUCAAUUAGAGAUUCCGGUGUGUAGCAAUGUUCAGGCCUCAUUAAAGAAGUAAAUCUGUUUGUUUACCUGUGCUA